GGCGCGGCAGCCGUGAGCAGGCCCCCGCGGCGCGGUGAGGCGAUGCCGCAGGCCGGCGGGCAGCCCCCGGCCAAGCGCCUGCGGGCGGCUCUCCCCCCGCGGCCCGCCAUGCUGCCCGCGCCCCCGGCGCCGCGCCGCGUCCCGCCGCACGCCGACUCGCAGCGCCGCAGCCUGCCCAUCUUCCAGGCGCGGGGGAAGCUGCUGAGCCAGCUCCGCGCCCUCGACAGCGCCAUCCUCAUCGGAGAAACGGGCUCAGGGAAGACCACUCAGAUCCCUCAGUACCUCUAUGAAGUGGGAAUUGGCCGCCAAGGCAUCAUUGCUGUGACCCAGCCUCGCAGAGUAGCAGCUAUAGCCUUAUCUACCAGAGUCUCAGAUGAGAAGAAGACACAGCUGGGGAAACUGGUUGGCUAUACUGUACGCUUCGACGAUCUUACAUCUGAUGAAACUAGAAUCAAGUUUCUAACAGAUGGAAUGCUGCUUCGCGAAGCUAUUGGGGACCCUAUGCUGCGAAAGUACAGUGUUGUCAUCCUAGAUGAAGCCCAUGAGAGGACGAUCCAUACCGAUGUACUCUUUGGAGUGGUGAAAGCUGCACAGAAGAAACGAAAGGAAUUGGGCAAACUGCCACUAAAAGUGAUCGUCAUGUCAGCUACGAUGGAUGUUGACCAGUUCUCCCAGUACUUCAAUGGAGCUCCUGUUCUUUAUUUAGAAGGCAGACAGCACCCUAUUCAGAUCUUUUACACCAAACGGCCUCAGAGUGAUUACCUCCAAGCAGCACUGGUGUCAGUCUUCCAGAUCCACCAGGAAGCACCCCCUUCUCAGGACAUCCUGGUGUUUCUGACUGGUCAGGAAGAAAUUGAAGCAAUGACCAAAACCUGUCGAGAUAUCGCCAAGCAUCUCCCUGAUGGCUGCCCACAGAUGAUAGUGAUGCCUCUUUAUGCUUCUCUGCCCUACUCUCAACAGCUCCGUGUCUUUCAGCCUGCCCGCAAGGGCUGUCGCAAAGUGAUCCUCUCCACCAACAUUGCAGAAACCUCCAUCACCAUUGCGGGAAUAAAAUACAUUGUGGACACGGGCAUGGUCAAAGCAAAGAAGUACAGCCCUGAAACUGGUCUGGAGAUGCUGGCAGUCCAGCGGGUGUCGAAGGCCCAGGCUUGGCAACGCACAGGGAGAGCAGGGCGAGAGGACAGUGGGAUCUGUUACCGGCUCUACACAGAGGACGAGUUUGAGAAGUUUGACAAAAUGACAAUACCUGAGAUACAGAGGUGUAACCUGGCCAGCGUGAUGCUUCAGCUCCUGGCCCUGAGGGUUCCCAAUGUGCUCACCUUUGACUUCAUGUCCAAACCAUCUCCUGAUGCUGUUCAAGCAGCGAUUGAGCAGCUGGACUUGCUGGGAGCUGUGGAACGAAAGAAAGAUCAACUUGUCCUAACCCCUCUGGGAAGGAAGAUGGCAGCCUUUCCACUGGAACCAAAGUUUUCUAAAACCAUCCUCGUGUCCCCCAAGUUCCACUGUACAGAAGAGAUCCUGACCAUCGUGUCCCUGUUAUCAGUGGACAGUGUCCUUUACAAUCCCCCUGCCAGGCGGGAUGAAGUGCAAUCCAUCAGGAAGAAAUUCAUCUCCAGUGAAGGGGAUUAUCUUACCCUGCUCAGCGUGUACAGGGCCUUCAAAAAUGUUGGUGGCAACAAGGUAUGGUGCCGAGAGAACUUUGUCAACUGCAGGAACAUGAUGCUUGUGUUAGAUGUCAGAGCUCAGCUCAGGGACAUUUGUGUAAAGCUGUCGAUGCCCAUCGAGUCCUCCCGCUCAGACACUGGGAACAUCCGCCGCUGCCUGGCUCACAGCCUUUUCAUGAACGCCGCGGAGCUGCAGCUGGAUGGCACCUACAGGACAGUGGACUCUCACCAGCUGGUGGCCAUCCACCCCUCCUCUGUGCUCUUCCACUGCAAGCCCGCCUGCGUGGUUUACAAUGGGCUGCUUCACACCAACAAGUGCUACAUGCGGGACCUGUGCGUGGUCGAUGCAGACUGGCUGUAUGACGCAGCACCUGACUAUUUCCGCAGGAAGCUCCGAACAGCCAAGAACUGACCUCUGAGUCUGGAGCCAACAGGGCCAGGGUUUUUAGGCUCACCCUAAAAGAUUCCUUUUUGUUUUGUAGUGAAUAUAUGGGAGCAGUAGAGCUUUGCCUUGCAAAUCAGGUAAAAACCCUACAGGAAAACAGCUUCUCUAUGACAGCCAGACCUCACAAUCUCUGUGGCUUAGAACAAUCGUUUUUAACAGUUAAUCCAUAAAAGGGGAACGUAGUACUCUGUGCGUGUAUGUGAUAAAUCUAUAUGGGGGGCGAUGGGACGGGACAGGGAGCUGAUAUCAGAUUCCAGUUUUUAACACUUACUGAAGUUUAACAGGCUUGUAUGUAAGGAAGUUAAAUCCUAAGAGCUCUUCUGAGCAGACUUGCUCUUUUUGAUGACUAUGCUUGUAUCCUCAGCAGGUUUUAUUGGGGGGGGAAAAGGAGAAGAUGUUUUAAAUGUCUACAUACAGGGGAAAAAAAUGCCUUUUUUUACUAUUUCUAGAAGGGAGGUUCUACUGUCUUUCACCUCAUCAAACAUCUUUCUGCCUGCGUGUCAUGUUCACAGUCUUAUUUGGGACCAUAUGAAGGCCAGUAGUGGGAAUGCCUGCUUGCACAAGGCCUUUGCUGCUUGUGUCUAAGCCUCAGGGGCUGGCAGUGGUUUCUUGGAGUGGUUGUCCAGCUGCCUGCAUGUUUGGCGUCAUCUUUGUUGACCCUUUUGCUGUUAGGGCGUGGUCUUCCUCAGCAGAUACUUCUGGCUUUUCUGACUCUUACCCGUGCAGUUCUAGCUUUGGAGUUGGCACGCCAUCCACAACAGCUAAUCAGGCUAACUUGAGGAAGACUGAGCAAAAUGAGAAUGAAGAUGUGGUUUAGAGAUUGGACUUCCUUUAAAGGUCCGUGAUUCAUCAAAUCUUUGCAUCUUCGGCUCUGACACCAGUGCUGCUUCCUCCUUCUGCCUCCCCCAACCCUUGCCAGUUAUACUUUGGUUUUCCAUUAGAAAUUCGGAGCUUGAUGUUGUCAAGAACCAUAGAUAUACUUGUGUCUGUUACUUGGUUUUUCUUCUACAUUCCCUUGGCAUCUACCUGUCCCUUUUUUUCUUGUAAGAGAAAAGUGGCAAUUCCAAACUUAAUAGCCAUUUUAAAUACUGUAAUUAAGAAACCAGUUCCACUCCAAAGGAAGAACUUGUUCUUUAAUGUGAAGGAAAGUUGAUUUAUUCCAUUAUCGCUUUGUGUUGGUGGGGGGAGAAAUGCAAGUUGUUUUUAAAUGAUAUCCUUUGUGCUUUUAAAAUAACCUCUCUGGCAGAGGUGACUUCCAGUUUCAACAGCGUCUGUUGACAUAGGGUAGUAAUUUAUAUAGAUUUUCGGGUGAGUUUAACUAAAGCAGGUUAGCUGUCUGCAAGGGUGGGAGGGGAAGCUGCUGUGCUCAUCGUGCAGUGCCAUUCUAUAAGACAGUGGGGACAGUUGACGUGGGCUGCGAUAGGAUGGUGGUGUUUAGUCCUUGUAUCCCUUCAAAUAGCAAUUAAAAAAAAAAAAGCAGCGUGUAACACACUAAUUAGGGCUGCUCAGGGUUGCAGUCAUUGGGUGUUGGCAAGCCCUUACUCCAAUUGCCCGAUGGGGAAAGCUGGUGCCCUUUGCUUGUGAUCUGUGCGGACAAGCAGCAUUUGCUGUGUAAUAAUUUGUCCUUUCUGGUCACACGCGUCACAGUUACACAACACAUUGUGUACUGUGUCUUUUCUUUGAGCUCCAGUAUUGGCUUACCUUGGUUUUAUCUUUGAAAACCGAACUGGAGCAAAUACCUCUUUGGUUUGGUUUUGUUUCUUUAUUAUUUUUUUUUUUAAACGGGAAUGUCACUUGUGCUGAUCUGCAAAUUGCUGUUUCCCAAAGAACGUAAGUAGAUACCCGGCAUACCUGGAGUGGCUUCAUCUCUCAGCCUGUUCCUAGGAAGGGUGAUGCUGAAUGUCUGCGAGGGUGCUGUGGAAGCAGACACACAUCCCUUUGUUUUGUCCCUUUGCAAUAUUGUCCUUUGGUGGCUUGAAGAAAAGGAGGAGGGAAAAAAAAACCUGAGUGGGGCAUAGGCAAAACUUGCUGCUUCGGUAUGUUAUGAACAGCUGCAGUUUUAGAUUGGUAUUUCAAGAGUAUGCAAUGCUCACGAAUUGCAGGGAAUUACCAAAGCAUUGUAUCCAUUUCUUUACAGACUCUGUAGGGGAAAAUAGAGUAUAAGCACAUCUUGUAACUGUUUAAGGGAGGGGGAUGGGUGUUUAUUUAGAACUGAUUUGUAUAUUUUUCCCAAAAUAAAAAAAGUUACGGCAAAAAUCCAA